GAUGACUUGGGAAGAGGCUUUUGUCUGGUUGGACGGUUGGUUUUUAUUCUCGUUUUUGUGGAGAGGAGAAGAGAACGCUCCUCUCUUUCCCCCUCUCCAAAACUCUGUUUCUCUCUCCAACAAGCUUUCUUAUUGGGCCUCCUGAUUAGUUUUGGUCGAUUGGUUUCUCGGCGCUGCGGGACGGGGGAGAGCUUGAGGGAAAGUUGGUGGUGGUGGUGAUUGGUUGCUUUGGUUGGGGAAUGGGAAUUCCGGUCGAGAGUGAAAGAGUGUCAUCGCUGUGCUGAUGGAGCGAUGGAGUUCGACGCCGGAAUUCCGAUGUCCCGAGCGGCGGGGUCCGUGAUCGAAGGAGCCCCGCUGAACGAAGCAGAUAUGCAUAUAUGAGCCUCUCAUUUUCUAAAGCUGCUAAGCAAGUGCCAUAGGACUCUCUAGUUGGUGGAGUUUUGAGCGUGAGCUACCACUCAUGAGCGGCAAGGACCAGCUACUCUCGCAAGGGGCCACCAACUGCCCGAGUUACUGUAGCAAACCCUCCCUGUACUCAAAGGAUAGCACUUAUCCUCUUUCAAUCAACAAAAUGAAAAAUACUGGGCAAAGAAGAGGGGACAUCUCUCUCCGGAGGGGACUCCAUUCUAGGUUGGACGAAAAUAGGACUGUCAAAGAUCUAUUUGACUAUUAAGUAUCUUAGGAUGCAGGUGUCCUAACCGCAUGUGCCAUACGUCGCUGCUUGCCUUUGUGUUGAACAAGCCUUGAGAAUACCCUGUAGGAGUAUUAGCAUGACCCACAAUGAUCGGAUACAACCCUCCCUCACUCGGUCCGGCAUGCAGAAUUCUCAAAUUUUUGUUUUAGCUUUAGACAACAUGAGCAUAAAAAUGGAAUUCCAUCAGACAGAAGAUCAAGCACAUUCAUUGAAGAAGCAAGCACUCCACCCCAUAAAAAUCCUUCAGUUCGAUCUUUGACUGUGCUUUUCACAUUGCCCUUGGAAGGAAAGGACACUCUCUGUGGCAUAUCUUUGUGUGUUAGAUUUGGGAGCCUAUAAUUGACUAUUCCUAUGAGUGGCUUACUGGGGCCUGCUUUCCAUUCAUUCUUUUAUAAGGAUGCUCUUCGGCUGGUCAAUAAGGCACAUCGCUUUCGCUUCUAUAAUAGAGAUGCAAUGUGGAAAAUGAACUUGAUAUCAAGUGAAACACUGGACUCUGGGCAAUAUCCUGAGCGUCCUGGAGAGCCAGAUUGUUCUUAUUACAUUAGAACAGGUCUUUGUAGAUUUGGGGCGACAUGCAGAUUUAAUCAUCCUCCUAAUAGGAAGCUGGCUAUUGCAACUGCAAGGAUGAAGGGGGAGUUUCCAGAAAGAGUGGGACAACCAGAAUGUCAGUACUAUCUGAAGACAGGAACUUGCAAGUUUGGAGCAACGUGCAAGUUUCAUCAUCCUAGAGACAAGGCUGGGGUUGCUGGAAGAGUUGCCUUAAAUAUUUUAGGCUAUCCACUUCGGCCGAAUGAGACUCAAUGUGCCUACUAUUUAAGAACCGGACAAUGCAAGUUUGGAAGCACUUGUAAAUUCCACCACCCUCAGCCAACAAAUAUGAUGGUUUCAUUGAGUGGCUCUCCUGUGUAUUCUGCCAUGCAGUCUCCAACUACGCCUGGUCAACAGUCAUACCCAGGAGGAAUUACAAACUGGUCAAGAGCAUCUUUUAUCCCCAGUCCACGCUGGCAAGGUCCUUCAAGUUACACACCUUUGCUUCUACAUCAGGGAGUUUUGUCAGUUCCUGGGUGGAAUGCAUACAGCGGUCAGCUUGGAUCAGUUUCCUCUUCAGAGACCCCGCAGCAAACAGUAGGAAAUAGUCAGAUUUAUGGAACAUUAGGACAGGGUGAAUCAGCUAAUGCAGGAUCUCAGGGGACAUUUUCUCCACUUCGUUCAGGCUCUGUCCCUGUGGGGUUCUACGCAUUGCAGAGAGAGAAUGUAUUUCCUGAGAGACCUGGCCAGCCUGAAUGCCAGUUUUACAUGAAGACUGGUGAUUGUAAGUUUGGUGCAGUUUGUCGGUUCCAUCAUCCGAGGGAAAGACUAAUUCCUGCUCCUGACUGUGUCUUGAGUCCCAUAGGCCUUCCCUUACGCCCAGGAGAGCCUCUGUGCAUCUUCUAUUCUCGUUAUGGUAUCUGCAAAUUUGGUCCGAGUUGCAAGUUUGACCACCCUAUGGGAAUUUUCACAUACAAUCAUUCUGCGUCAUCUUCAGCUGAUGUCCCUGUCCGGCAUUUGCUGGGGUCAUCUUCAGUGACUGCUGCAUUAAAUUUUUCAUCAGAGGGACUUGUUGAAGCAGUCUCGGGAAAGCCCCGGCGCCUUUCAUUGUCAGAAACUAGACAGAUGCCUUCUGGUGAUGAUAAUAUUGACACAGAAAAAUGAAGAUACGAGUCAUUUACAUUCUAAAAUCUUUUUGAGGUUUAAGCAUAAGUUCUGUAAAUUCAUUUCCUAUUGCUGGAGAUGUACAGAGUUCAUGUCAAGUAAUUCUGUUAUUCUGAAAUGUGUUUCAGUUGACAGACUUGGCUCUCCCGAAUUUCAUAUUGCUGGACUGUAAAAAAGUCAGCAAAUCUUGUCGCAUAUGGUAAAAUCCAUUAUGAACAUUUCAUCUCCUGAAAGCCGAUUUCUUAUUUUAAUGUUCAAAUUUUUCUUCCAGUAUUUUAUGUAAAGCAACCUUUUGCAA